AUGCCCGGUGUCUCAUUCAAGCUUAAGGCUUGUUCGGAAAGUCCUCUCUUUCCAGCGCUCUCCUCUAGCGCCCGCCCUAUCUUUCGCCUAGGAAGCGUGAAAGCGGUCAGAUGGAAGUUGUUUUUACUUCUCAAACGUGGCGUGUGCGCCAUUGGCAAGAAGAAGUCAACGCAGUCAAAGCUUCUUACUUCCUUUGGGUGGCUAGGAAGGGCUAUUGGAUCGAGCAAGGUUAGGAAAGGCGGAAAGGUUGAAUACGAUAAAAGGCUUUUCCAGCCUGACGUUGGCCUGGAGCCAGUUCCGGCUUGCUUCGCAUAG